GUUCGGAAUCCCAGGGGCGUGCGGGCCCCGCCCUCAGCUCCCAGGGGCGGCAGGUGUGGACUCCGCGGGUCUUCUGGCUUGUGGGUCCGACUGUCCAGUGUGCCCAGCGGCCUGGACAAUGCUGGCAAAACCACCAUCCUCAAAAAGUUCAAUGGGGAAGACAUCGACACCAUCUCCCCAACACUGGGCUUCAACAUUAAGACCCUGGAGCACCGGGGAUUCAAGCUGAACAUCUGGGACGUAGGCGGCCAGAAGUCCCUGCGGUCCUACUGGCGGAACUACUUCGAGAGCACCGACGGCCUCAUCUGGGUGGUGGACAGCGCCGACCGCCAGCGCAUGGAGGACUGCCAGCGGGAGCUCCAGAGCCUACUGGUGGAGGAGCGCCUGGCUGGAGCAACUCUCCUCAUCUUUGCCAACAAGCAGGACCUGCCCGGAGCACUGUCCUCUAAUGCCAUUCGUGAGGCCCUGGAGCUGGACUCCAUCCGCAGUCACCACUGGUGCAUCCAGGGCUGCAGCGCCGUCACUGGGGAGAACCUGCUGCCGGGCAUUGACUGGCUCCUGGACGACAUUUCCAGCCGCAUCUUUCCAGCUGACUGAGCCGCUCCAGAUGCCGCCCCACCUGGCAGUCAGGCUCUCAGGCCUCACUAGAUGCUGUCCAGCGGGGGUGGGAGUCAGCCGCUGGACUAACACUCCCCACCCCUUCCAUCACUCGCUGCUACUGCUACCCGCUGCUGCUCCGUGGCCGGAGGGCUGUGCCCUGGCUGUCCCCCAGCCCCCAACCUGGCCUGCAGCUGCCGUAUCAUGGGCAGAGGGCUGGGGCGGGGAGGGGCUGCCUCUGCUGCUA